CCCCCGACCCCCUUCGCCCCUCCCCGGCCACAGGUGCGCGGAGAGACCGCGGAGGAGGAGGAGGGAAGAUGGCUCUGGUCAAGGUCUACUCGGUGCUGGAAGUGUUCUUGAUAACUAUACUUGUCGUGGAAGGAAUUGCUGUGGCCCAAAAGACUCAAGGUGGGCAGAAUAUUGGAGGUAACCGCUUAGCAACUACCCAGUGUAGCGACUGGGUACGGACAAGCAACGGAGGCCACUUCGCUUCACCAAACUUCCCUAAUUUCUACCCACCGAACCAGGAGUGUGUCUAUAUUUUAGAAGCUGCCCCACGGCAAAGAAUAGAGCUAACCUUUGAUGAACCAUACUACAUAGAGCCUUCAUUUGAAUGUCGAUUUGAUCACCUCGAAGUUCGAGAUGGACCUUUUGGUUUCUCCCCACUCAUUGAUCGCUACUGUGGUCUAAAAAGCCCUACUCUAAUUAGGUCAACAGGGAGAUUUAUGUGGAUAAAGUUUACCUCAGAUGAAGAACUAGAAGGACAGGGAUUUAAAGCAAAAUAUUCGUUUAUACCAGAUCCUGACUUCACAUACCUAGGAGGUAUUUUAAAUCCCAUCCCAGAUUGCCAGUUUGAGCUCUCGGGGGCUGAUGGGAUUGUGCGCUCCAGUCAGGUGGAACAAGAAGAGAAAACAAAGCCUGGGCAGGCUGUUGACUGCAUAUGGACCAUCAAGGCCACUCCAAAUGCCAAGAUAUAUUUGAGGUUUCUAGACUACCAGAUGGAACAUUCAAAUGAAUGCAAAAGAAACUUUGUGGCUGUGUAUGAUGGGAGCAGUUCUAUCGAAAACCUGAAAGCAAAGUUUUGCAGCACGGUGGCUAACGAUGUGAUGCUGCAGACCGGAGUUGGGGUGGUACGAAUGUGGGCCGACGAAGGCAGUAGAUUGAGCAGGUUCAGAAUGCUCUUCACAUCAUUCGUGGACCCCCCCUGCUCAGGCAGCACAUACUUUUGCCAUAGCAACAUGUGCAUCAAUAAUUCUUUAGUCUGCAACGGCAUUCAAAACUGUGCAUACCCAUGGGAUGAAAACCACUGCAAAGAAAAGAAAAAAACAGGGCUGUUUGAGCAAAUCACCAAAACCCAUGGGACAAUAAUUGGGAUUACUUCAGGAAUCGUCUUGGUCCUUCUCAUCAUCUCGAUCCUGGUGCAGGUCAAGCAGCCCCGCAAGAAGGUGAUGGCCUGCAAAACCACGUUCAACAAAACUGGUUUCCAGGAGGUUUUUGACCCACCUCAUUACGAGCUCUUCUCCCUGAGAGACAAAGAGAUCUCCGCCGACUUGGCCGACCUGUCUGAAGAACUUGAGAACUACCAGAAAAUGAGACGCUCCUCAACAGCUUCGAGGUGCAUCCAUGACCACCACUGUGGCUCCCAAGCCGCAACUGUAAAGCAAAGCAGGACCAACCUCAGUUCCAUGGAACUUCCUUUCCGCAACGAUUUUGCACAACCUCAGCCAAUGAAGACCUUCAAUAGCACUUUCAAAAAAAGUAGCUAUACCUUCAAACAGGCUCACGAGUGUCCAGAGCAGGUGAUAGAGGACAGGGUGAUGGAAGAGAUCCCUUGCGAAAUCUACGUGAGGGGUCGAGAGGACGCUGCUCAAGGCUCAUUAUCAAUGGACUUCUAAUCUGCUUUUGAAGGUGAAAUGGGUGUGUGUAAAUAUUAUAUAAAUAUAAUGUAUGUGAAUGUACAAAAAUGUACCAUACGGAAUUCGAUGGAGACAUGUGUAUUCAUUCUUUUUUCCUUUUUUUUUUUUAGCUCAUUUAUUUUAGGGUUGUUGUUUUUCCCCCCUGAAAGAAAACUCUUCAUAAAUCAUUUUUUCCUUGUGAACUGCCCAUCUGCUUGGAGAACAGAGUAACAGGUUUUGCAUGAGGCUUCACACACACAAACACAAAGAUAUAAAUUAGUGUAUACUCUCUCCCUUGCUUCAUUCCUGCAGGUUCUUGGUCUUCGAGUCAAAAGCUUAAUUACUCCAGUAAUAAUAAAAAAUAAGUGGGUACAACACCAUAUAGCUUAACAUCGAAAGCAGUUAUCAUAUUUGUCAAAUUGUAGCUAGAGUUAUUGUGUUAAGUGCCAAUUAAGACUCAAAUGAGUUACACUGCAUUCCAUCUGGUUCAUCUUGUCUAAUUUUUAUAUCGCUGCCUUUUUAAUUACUGACUCCUUAAAGCCCAGUCCUAAGGCUUUCUAUGCCAGCAAAUAAAUGGUAUACUGGCGGCUGCUUCUGGUGACAAUGGGACAACAUUUUAAGGACCGCAUACCAGCACAAAUAUUCAGGACCUCCAAGUUCUUUGGGGGAAAUGAAUGAAAUGGGUUUCUUGCCUUUUAAAAGUGUUUUAAUUUUAUCUUUGAACUCAGUUCCUUUAGGAAAAUCAAGUUUUUUGUCUUUGGCAGACAAAAUCCAUUGGUAAUUUCAGCAUCACACCAAAUCUCUAGUUGUGUUAACAUCCUAUCAUGCACUGAUAGCACUUCGUGCUAAGCACAGGUAAGACAUCACCACAACACUUGUUUGACGGUUAUCAGAAAAAUGUGUUAACAACGUUUAGACCAUGACUUGUAUUAUCUUCUUGCAGCAAUACAUCAGGGAUUUCAAAAACUGCUGAAAGGCAAUUUCUGCCAUAUUAACAUGGUGCAAACGUUAUUGUUGCAGGUACUUAACUGUGAAAGAAUAUUGGCCCGUGUCUUUCAAAAGAUUUGCAGCAAUGUUGGUGUCCUAAAGCAGUCUGAGCGUUCUUCCUGCACAUGUCGUUGGUGGAAUAAAUAGCUUUUGCUUUCUUUUCGGUGAUGCAGGUUGUUGAGAAAUACAUUUCCCCCCGUGUGUUGCAAGAAUUCAGAUUACUCUGUAUGGCAGAGCUGAGCCAAGCCCUAGGCCAACUUUUUUAUGAUGUGUGUAUUACAUGAACACUAUUUAAAUUCCUUACAUAUUGUGUGGAAUGCCUACUUACAAGUUAGAUUCAAAUGCCUUUAUGAGGCUUUCCUCUGCAGGAAUCUUGGUACCCUUGUUGUUGGAAGGUUCUCCAGUGUCACAAUACUCAGGCUUCCCUGACCAUCUUCAAAGGCAAAAAGCGUUAACCUGCGAUUGGUUACCAUUCAUUGAGCUCUUUCCCCACAAGCAGCAUUGGUUACUAGUCAGCCCAAGCCAUCAAAGCCCAGAUGCCAACAUGAAUAAAAUAUUGGGGGGGGCAGGUAAGCCCAACCCCACAUGAUCACAUGAUACAGUGCAUGCACACCAUUUGAAUGGCAACACCCAUCAACUUUUUUGGGGGGUGACCCCCCCCCAAUAUUUUAUUGGGUGGGCCAAAGGGACCUCAGCCCCUAGGAGUUGGCUCCUAUGCCAUAUGCUAAUCUAUAAAAAUUGUAAUGCAAAACAUCUGUUCUCUCUACUUGUUGCCUCUCAGAAAAGAACCGGAGAUGAUGUUGGACUUCAGUUCCCAUCAGCCCCAACCAGCACAGUUGAUGGUCAGGGAAGAUAGGCAUUCUAGUCCAACAACAUCUGGAGGGCCACAAGUUUGUUACUGCUGCUCUAGACACAAGGUGUUCUCCCUAUCCAUUAGAAAGAAGGUUCUUUGAAGAAUGUGGCUUGGUUAGGGGCUGCACUAGGAGCCACAAAUCCCACUUCUCUAGUGUCUUUGUCCUGCCUUGUCCUGUCAUGGAAUAUUGUAAGUUGUGCUCCUUGACUUUAGGCCAAGGUCUGUUUGCAGGUCAGGCUGAAGAAAGAAGUAUCACUUCACAUUUUUGUAAUAUAUUCUUAACUCUACAGGUAUGGCUUCCAUAUUUUUAUGAUCAAAUGGUUUAUAAAUGGAACUCUCCAACUUUUCUUAGACUUUGAUAUAACUCGACACUGUAUGACCUAUGUCUGCCACUCAAGCACCUGUACAGCAAACUGAUUAUCAGUGUGCAUGUUAACAGCUAUGAACUGCAGUGUUGCUACUUGUGAAGAACACCUGGUUUCUUUACCAUCUAGCCUUUUAUAAAUCCACAGGUUUCUUAAGCUUUCUUUGUUUACAUAUCUGUUUUUCACUAAAUGUGACCUUGCAACUCUGAGCCAAUGGGCAAUACCCUGUAUUUUAAAAAAAUGUAUGAUAAAGGAAAGUUACAAAUUA